UGAGGAAGUGAGGGAGGGAGAGUAUUUGCCUCACUCGUUCCCUGACCCUCCCUUACGCCACACCUGCUUCGCCCUUGCUCAGGAUGCGCUGUCUGGCCGCUGCCCCCGCGUUGCUGCUGCUGCUGCUGGCGCUGACCGUGUGUCCCGCCCAGGCUGGCUUCUUCGAUGACAUGAUAAACCAAGUCAGGUCGUUGUUCCAAAGCUACGAGGAGGCGCCCUACGUUGUCGCCGGCACUGGAAAUGGUUACCAAGAGAGAGUGUACCCGAGGAGCAAGUGGGUAUGCAAAUCGGUGAGCGACAACCCGCGUGUAGGGGAGGACCUCAGCCUGCUCUUCUGGCCCCUCUUCAACUACAUCAACGGCCAGAACGACAGGAACGAGAAAAUCCCAAUGACGGUGCCAGUGUCGACAAAGUUUACCAUCCGUAGCGCCACAGACAAGACCUACGAGAUGUGCUUCUUCCUGGGCGAGCAGCAGCAGCAGAACCCCCCGGAACCUGUCCCUUCAAGUGGAGUGUUCCUGCAAGACCGCUCCGAGCUGCGUGUGCUGACCAGGACUGUGGGAGGCUACAUGACCGCCGAGGAGGACUGGAUGCGGGAGGCGGGAGAGCUGGCGGCGGUGCUAGAAGAAAACGGGAUUACAGUUAACCUCUCCAAGAUGUACUGGGUUGGUUAUGACUCACCCAUGAAGUUCUGGGGACGACGCAACGAAAUCUGGUUCCCUGUUGAAAACUAAACAAUAACAACAACAACAACAACAACAACAACACACCCCAUUACAAAUUAACAAUAUCCAGUACUUUUUAUACAAACAAAUCAACAAAACUCUUAACCUGCCAAAGAUAAACAAGAAACAAACACAAAAAAUUAUCUAUACACACGCACACACAAAUACUCAGAAAAACAAAUGACGCAACACCAACACGCUAGACAGCGCUGCCAACCUAAGUGAUUCGUCACCAAUCAGAACUGCCAACCCAACACUCGGCUAUCAACGUGAGAGGAGCACUGCACUAGAACAGCCAAUCCCCAGACGCGCCGCACAGAUAGCAGACGAUAAAGACACUCCUGUUAUCGCAAUAAAUGAUGACACACUGAUCA